AUGCUUUCCGAAGCCGAUCAGAACACAGGCAGCACAGGAGAUACACCCAAGCUGCGAGCGGCGUGCGAGAACUGCCGACAAUCCAAGGUGAAAUGUAACUUGGGAGCGAAGAACACGUGUAUCCGGUGCCUCCGCCACGGCCUGUCGUGUCGAUAUCGAGUUGCCAAUCGGUCGGGCAAGCCGAAGGGUAGUAAGAACCGGGCUACGCUGAGGAAACUGGGCCAGCUCCCCGAAGGCAAGCCCGUAUUACGGGGACCUGAUAGCGGACCGACAGACAAGGGACUCCAGGUUAUUGAGCAGCGGUAUGGUUAUGGAAUGGACCGUAUGGACCAUAAGACGUGGGAGCCAGAAAGCCGCGAGAGUCUAUCGGAGAGUCCUCGAAGCCAGGAUGCACACACCACCCUGCACUCAUGCCUACCGUUCCACGAGUCCGCCAACAUGGAAUAUGCAUCGUCGUACGGCGACUCCCUGCCACCGUCCGGCAGCGACCCAAUCGCCGCACAUGCGUCCAUGUCGCCGACGUUCCUGCAAAAGGAGUUCAUCACCAAGGGCCUCACGAGCUUCCCUCUCGCCGUGCACAUCCCCAGCGCCUUCCAGCCGACCUGCGAAUGCGGCGAGGCUCUUGGGUUCCAUACGAACCGUCUCCGACACAUGGUCGCUGACCCGCUGCAAUUACGCUUCGACCAGAGCCUGCAAGCCAUCCAGGCGGCGCUGACAGUGUGCCGCGACUUCCUCCAGUGCACCAGCUGCCACAAGGACAAUACCAGCUUGCUUCUGUCCGUGUCUGCGCUCGACUACACCCUGCAGCUCUUCGACUACUGGAUGUCCUACGAGUUCACGACCGGCGGUGUCGAUCGACUGCCGCCGCCAGGCACGGUGCCUGUGACGGGCCCUCUCCCUGUCGGGUACGGCGAGUACGAGAUGGGGGUGGAAGAGACGCGUCGCGUGCGACGGUUCCUGCUGCAUGGGCGACUGCAACAGACGCAGGAGGUGCUGCGUCUGCUCAAGGAGGUGGUUGAACUGAGCAUGUCGGGUAACGGCGAGGGAUUGGAAGGGAGCUGGCUGCAGCAGAUUAUUCGGGGAUAUGAAACGACGGUGGAGGCUUUUUUGCAGGGGAUGAUACCAUGUAUUUGCCAUUGUCAUUGCCAUUAA